AUGAAGGUCCUUUUUCUAACCAUAGCACUAAGUCUGUUCUCCAUCCUCCAUGCUGAAGAAUCAAACUCUUCUGGAGAAUUGGGGGGUAUAUACCAUAUAAAUGCUAUUGUGGCAAACAAGGAAGUUCCUGAGGAGAAAAAGCCUGAGGCCUUCUCACCUAUUACUAUCUUCCAACUUGAUAAUGGUAAUGUGGAGGCCAAAUUUACCAUUGAGAAGAAUGGCAAGUGCAAAGAAAUUAUAGUGCUAAUGGAGAAAACAGAAAAUGCCAAUGAAUACAUCAUACAGGGGAACUUCCAGCAUUCACACAAAGUGCGUGUAACCCAAACCUCUGUGCCAAAUAAUUGGAUUUUUGAGUGUGAAGGCCACUUCCAUGGGAAACAUUUCAAAGCGGUUAAACUUUUGAGUCCAAAGACAGAAGCGGACCCUCAAGCUAUAAAAGAAUAUCAGGAGAUCGCAAAAGAGAGAAGCUAUGAUGAAAGUAAAAUCAUUUUCCCUAAGCAAGGAGGAAAAUGCCAUGCUACCAUCAUCAGUGUCUAUGCUCCUACCAUAACGAACCCUGAUGAGGUCAAAGAUAAAUUUUAUGAAGACCUGGAGACACUUAUUAUCAAAGGAAGACAAACUUAUAAUUUUGGAUGUCUUGCCUUCUGUGACCUGGUGAACCAGAUGUGUCAUUUUCCAUGGCGUUGUGGUCUAGAUCAUUUCCUGCAUCUUGGUGCUGCAGAUGACUCGCCUCUUGUGGCCUGCUGGUCCGAAUGUCUUGUCUUCCAUGGCCUGGUGGUCUAG